AUGAUCAGUUCAGCAUCAGGCACUAACUGGAACCGGCCUGAUUCCUUCAAAGGAACCCAGUGUAGAAAUAUUAUCAUUCAUGGAUAUUGUAAGUUUGAAAACGAAGGAUGCCAAUUUAAUCAUGGAAACAGCAAAGAAACAGAGGGUCAAACAACGGACGAGGUCCCAACGCAGCGCUCAAUGACUCCGCUUAACGUGAAGUUCAAUGCUAAGACAAGUUCUAGUUUUACGCCAGGAAAAUCUCCAGCUGUAAGGAGUCCAGACUUCUCUUCGCUUCCUGCAUUUCAGCCAGGUGCACCAGUCAAUGAUCAACCAAUGUUGGCAGAUGGGCCACAGAUCAGUGGAACGAUGAGUCCUAGCCUUAUGAACUCGAAUGCAACGGCGUUUGCUCCGUCAUUCAAUCCGUAUGCCUCAGAGAGUUUUACUCCAUCAGUGUCAGCAGGUGGUAUCCCUUCCUCACAGGAACUGGCAGGGACACUACAUGGCUCCAACCCGUCUAUCCCAUCACCUGUGCCUUCGAAUCCUUAUGUGAAUAGUGCGGGUUUGCCCUCAGGCGGCAUGCUAGGAGUUGGUCAUCCCAUGCAAGGAUUACCUCCACCACCACCACCCGGUGCAUUACCAGUAAAUCCUAUCACUCAGUUUCCAACAGUGUACCCACCAACACAUUCUGUAUUGCAAUAUCACUUAUAUGCUCCAGAUCCACCACCACACCUGAAAAUACCGCUUAAACCAAACGAGCGAACUCCCGAAACUUUGUUCAUUAACAACCAUUUGAGGGAUAGAUUAGUCAAAAACAAUCAAACUGCGCUUCAGGUGUUCCCUAGAGGUUCCUUACCGGAUAUCGUUGGUGAUUACUUUGGAUUGGUCCCCAUGGAUUUCCAUAAUAGAACAUCUGAUAAGAAAAGGUACAAUGGUCACAAGAAUUCCUUGUACAAGGUGUUUUCAAAUCUUGACGGUAAGAUUUAUUUCAUGCGCCGUAUUCAUGACGUCAAAAUAACUGAUUCUGCCCAAGUGUCUAAACCUUUCCAAACUUGGAGUCACCUGCGUUCGGCAAAUAUCACUGUUUUGAAAGAUUCGUUUGUAACGUCUGCGUUCAAUGAUAGCUCGUUGUGUAUGGUGUUUGAUUACUACCCUCAAUCACAAUCGUUGUACGAAACUUAUGGGCUUGCCAAUUCAGUUAACGAAUUAAAUCAAGAGUACUUAUGGGCAUUUUUGGUACAAUUGACAAUUGCACUUCAAGAAGUCCAUUCUAAUGGACUAGCUCUUAAUGAUUUAGACUGGAAAAAAGUUAUCGUAACUGGUGAACCAGGUAGAAUAAAAGUAACUGAUAUCGGUGUCUAUGACACGCUAAAUUACCAUCAAGAGGGGAGAAUGUUACAUACAGAACAGCAACAGAAUUACUUAUCACUUGCCGAGUUAUUAUUAAACCUUGUUCAAAGGCUAUGCGGUGCAUCAGGCCCAUUAGACGACGUAAAGUCCUACCACAUAGAUCCUUUAUUCAAGAAAUGUAUUCAAUACCUCCAGGAUACAUCAAACAACAACAAAAAUAUAGAGGACUUCACCAAACUUUUCAGCCAUAAAGUUCUUUCAGUGGUAAAUUCGUUACAAUACAAUAGCGAAUACCUAGAGCAGCAACUUUCACGUGAAUUAGAAAAUGCAAGAUUAUUCCGUUUGAUGUGCAAACUAAAUGCAAUUUACGGUAGGUUAGAAUCACGUAUCGACAUUAAUUGGGCAGAGUCUGGAGAAAAGUUUCCGAUCAUACUAUUUUUCGACUAUGUGUUUCACCAGAAAGAUGACACUGGCAAAAAUGUUAUGGAUUUGACACAUGUCUUGAGAUGUUUGAACAAACUAGAUGCAGGCGUAUCAGAAAGAUUAAUGCUUGUGACGCCAGACGAGAUGAACUGCAUCAUAAUAAGUUAUAAAGAGCUAAAGGAUUUGAUCGAUUCAACAUUCAGAGCGCUAACACAAUAA